AUGACCCAACGAUGUACAUACUGUGUCAACUUUUCUCUAUCUCACCUUAUCGACCUCGCGAAAAUAGACUUCAAAGGGCAUGUUUUCCCAAAUCAACCGACGGCGGGAGAUUUAAUGGGUCCAUUUGUUUGGACUUCACAGCUGCCGAAUCUAGAUAAUUCGCCAAAAGAAAGAAAGCCAAUGGCGUUUUAUCCACAUCAUAAGUGUUUUCAAGAUCUUGUGAAGUCCGCAGAGAUGGGGUGUGAUCUGUGUGAGGUCAUAUUGACCUGUUUGAAAAAGCGCGUUCCAGGGGAGGACGAAGAAAGCCGGGGAGAUAACUCAGAUGAGAUUUACUGGACAGAUUUUAGCCGUCGUCGAGAGACUGAUAUAAAGAUUUCGAUUAACAGUAGUCAUGUGUAUCCAGAUGCUACCCUUGAUCAAGUACAAAUGCUUGAUACUAUUCUUGUUCACGUUGGUAACAUUGGAGAUCAAAGAUCUGACUUUCAAAAUCAUGGACACUCUUUCGCGGUCCAGACGCAAAAUUUGACGCUUGUCACAAAACGCGACUCUCCAAUUAGACUGAAAGGCUUCCAAAUAGGGAGGGCCGAAAUAGAUCCUGAUCUUGGGUCCAAGCUGAAUUUCGAUAUUGCGAGGGAUUGGCUUAAAGAAUGCCUCGAGUGUCAUGAUUGUCACAAUAAGAAUUUACCACAGCUUCCCACUCGCGUGAUUGAUGUUACGCCUAACCAGACAAGAAUUAUUCAUUCAAACGGUAUUACGGCUAACUAUAUUGCAUUGAGUCACUGUUGGGGUGGUCCGAUAUCCACUUCAUCAACUACAGCAACAUUACCACGAUACCAGAACGAACUUCCCUUUGAGUUGUUGCCUGCGAAUUUUCGAGAUGCCAUAAUUAUCACUAGAGAGCUAGGAGUCAAAUAUCUUUGGAUUGACUCUCUGUGUAUCAUUAAAGAUUCUCAACAUGAUUGGGAACAAGAAUCUCAGAAAAUGGGAACUGUUUAUCGAGAUGCAUUGGUCACAAUAUAUGCAAUGUCAUCAGCGGCCAGCACUGGAGGUAUCAUUCCAAGUCCUGCAUAUGAGCCAGUGGAAAAGCCUUCUACAACUUUAGCUCUUACUGAUGAUAAUGGAAUGGAGGUAUCUGUCAGAGUGGAGCCUUCAGAUAGAGACAUUUAUGAUGAGGACUUACACCGUCUGGCAGAAUCUUCUCCAUUGAGUAGUAGAGGCUGGACGUUUCAAGAAUCCAUAUUAUCGCCUCGCCAUAUUUAUUACGGGAAAAAACAAGUAUACUGGGGAUGUACACAAGGAUUUCACGAUCUCAAAGGGAUGCCCCCGGGAUACAGGUUUCCACAAGAAGAGCACAUAAAUCGGUUAUUGCCCGUUCUUCACUCCACCAAACAGGACAACAGUAUGAUGACAGACAUGCAUCGACUCAUACUCCUUUACAGUUUCCGUGAUAUAGUGUGGCAAUACUGUCAAAGAGAUUUAACAUACGACUCCGACAAACUUCCUGCGAUUUCAGGUUUAUCACAACUGCUCCGGCCAGCCAUCGGAGGAGAUUAUCUUGCCGGUUUGUGGAGUUGCGAUUUACUCGAUGAGCUUUGUUGGAUUCCGGAAAUGAAAUCUGGAUGUGUUCAUAUCAAGCCUUAUCGUGCGCCCUCAUGGUCAUGGGCCGUAACGAACGAUCGCGUCAAAUUCCAUCGGGGUACCGUCAUUGCACCUAAAGAUCGAAUUGCCGAGUUGAAACUUAUCGACUAUGGAGUAAUCCCGAAAGUUAAGGACAAUCCUUACGGCGAGAUAGAAUCUGCGUAUCUAAUUGUAGAGAGUUUAACUCUUCCUGUUCUACGCGCCUGGCAAACGAGACAUCUGGAAAAAUAUGAUUAUGAUGGGUACUCGGGUACAUAUUGUUUUGACGAUCCGGCCGGACUUUCUCAUUAUGAAGUUUCUGAGCCGUCUGAGAAUUACGGGUGGCAACAGGGUUUUUGGAAAAUGGACGAGGAUAAAGGAGUACAGAUCAUGACGGGUUGGAAAACCUCUUCGCGUGAUGAACGAGUGAUUGAUAGGGAGGAGGAGAAAUGGUUGAAGGAAGAAUAUAUUGUUUUGCUUGUUGCGUCGACGAAUAGAGAUGAUGGGGAUGAGAGACCGUAUGCUGAGUGCUUAAUUUUGAAGAAAGUUGAUGAUAAUGAGGAUGUGAUAGAUGUUUAUGAGAGAGUGGGAAUUUAUGUGGUUCAUCAUGAACCGGAAUGGUUGGAAUCUUGGACGAAGAAAACUGUUAAAUUAAUUUGA